UUUUUUUAAUUUUUUUUUUCUUUCGAUUUUUUUUUUUUGUGCCGCCACAGCUGUUGCCAUAUGCGCCUCCAUCCUCUGCUUCGACUCCUAGGGCUUUCUAGGGUUUCAGAGCCUCUGUUCACGCUUCCUUCAAGCAUUUCUAGGGUUCGUGGAGCUGGAUUCGCUGUCGUUUCUCAGGACGAUUUCCAUGUGCCGCUGGUUCAGUGGUUUCGUUGAUUAGAGAGGUCGUCCGGACUCUCGAUCAGAGAAAGAGAAGGCCUUUUUCGUGCUCUAUUUUUGGUACACCAUUCUCCUGGUUUGUGAUUUGGUGAGACAGUUGCUUGGGCUCGAUUAGGAGAAAAAAGGUUUAUUAUUCCUUUUUUUCCUUUUUGGUUUUGAGUUUUGUGCUCUUGUGGGAGGUGGGAAGGGGAGGUGGGGAUUGUGCGUGAAUUUGAAUGGCAUUGGGAGAUUUGAUGGCGUCUCGAUUUUCACAAUCUUCAGUGGCGGUUUCGAAUCACUUGGACGAGUGUUCGGGCCACGAAGAUGGGGAUUUUGUGACCCAGAGAAGGGAUUCGGAGGGUGCUAGCAGUAGUUAUGGUAAUGCCACGACAGCGACGAUAACGAGUAUGGUAUAUUUGCCUCAGACUAUGGUGCUGUGUGAGCUUAGGCAUGACGCUUUUGAGGCUUGCGUCCCUUCAGGUCCAUCUGAUAGUGGGUUGGUCUCAAAAUGGCGGCCAAAGGACCGAAUGAAGACAGGAUGCGUAGCUCUUGUGUUAUGCUUAAAUAUUAGGGUUGAUCCGCCAGAUGUGAUUAAAAUAUCUCCUUGUGCCAGAAUGGAGUGUUGGAUAGAUCCAUUUUCUAUGGCAGCUCCGAAAGCACUUGAAACAAUUGGAAGCACAUUGAAUCAUCAGUAUGAAAAGUGGCAACCUAAGGCUCGUUACAAGAUUCUACUUGACCCAACUGUAGAUGAAGUGAAAAAACUCUGUAAUUCAUGUCGCAAAAAUGCAAAGUCUGAGAGAGUCCUGUUUCACUAUAAUGGGCAUGGUGUGCCAAAGCCAACUGGUAACGGUGAAAUUUGGGUCUACAAUAAGAGUUAUACGCAGUAUAUUCCCUUACCAAUCAAGGACCUUGAUUCCUGGUUGAAGACACCCUCAAUUUAUGUAUUUGACUGCUCUGCCGCUGGGAUGAUUGUCAAUGCCUUCAUGAGGCUUGAUGAUUGGAGUGCUUCUACCAGCUCUGGCUCUGCAAGGGAUUGUAUCUUGCUUGCAGCCUGUGAAGCACAUGAAACUCUUCCUCAGAGUGCUGAAUUCCCUGCAGAUGUGUUUACAUCCUGCCUCACAACACCGAUUAAGAUGGCAUUGAGAUGGUUCCGCACACGCUCGCUAGUUCAGGAGUCUCUUGAAUAUUCACUUAUAGAUAGAAUUCCUGGUCGUCAAAAUGACCGGAAAACACUUCUCGGGGAGCUAAAUUGGAUUUUUACAGCUGUUACUGACACAAUUGCCUGGAAUGUUCUACCUCAUGAUCUUUUUCAGAGAUUGUUCAGGCAAGACUUGUUAGUUGCCAGUCUGUUCAGAAAUUUUUUACUUGCAGAGAGAAUUAUGCGCUCUGCAAAUUGUUCUCCUAUUUCACACCCAAUGUUGCCGCCAACUCAUCAGCAUCAUAUGUGGGAUGCAUGGGACAUGGCUGCUGAAAUCUGCCUUUCUCAACUUCCAUCAUUGGUUGAUGAUCCUAAUGCUGAGUUCCAGCCAAGUCCUUUUUUUACAGAACAGCUGACUGCUUUUGAGGUAUGGCUUGACCAUGGUUCUGAACACAAGAAGCCACCGGAGCAGUUACCAAUUGUCCUUCAGGUUUUACUUAGUCAAGGCCAUCGAUUUCGUGCAUUGGUGCUUCUUGGAAGAUUCCUUGACAUGGGACCCUGGGCUGUGGAUCUGGCAUUGUCUGUUGGAAUUUUUCCAUACGUUCUCAAGCUAUUGCAAACAUCAACACCUGAACUACGGCAAAUUCUCGUGUUCAUUUGGACAAAGAUCCUUGCCCUUGAUAAGUCAUGUCAGGUUGAUCUAGUAAAGGAUGGGGGGCACACAUAUUUCAUCCGAUUUCUUGAUAGUGUGGAAGCAUUUCCAGAGCAGCGUGCAAUGGCUGCAUUUGUUUUGGCUGUCAUUGUGGAUGGCCACAGACGGGGUCAGGAAGCAUGUAUUGAAGCUGAUUUGAUACGUGUGUGCUUGAAACACCUUCAGGGUUCAUCACAUGAUGUGCAAACUGAACCCCUAUUUCUUCAGUGGCUUUGUCUUUGUCUAGGAAAAUUGUGGGAAGAUUUUAUGGAGGCCCAAUUAAUUGGUUUGCAGGCAGAUGCCCCUGCUAUACAUGUGUCUCUUCUGUCUGAGCCCCAACCUGAGGUUAGGGCUUCAGCUGUUUUUGCACUGGGUACGUUGCUCGAUGUAGGAUUUGAUCCAUCUAGGGACAGUGUUGGAGGAGAUGACGAUUUUGAUGAUGAUGAAAAAAUUAGGGCUGAAAUUAGUAUCGUUAAAAGCUUGCUAAGUGUUGUUUCGGAUGGAAGCCCAUUGGUUCGGGCAGAAGUUGCUGUAGCCUUAGCACGCUUUGCCUUUGCUCACAACAAGCACCUAAAGUCGAUUGCUGCUGCAUAUUGGAAACCUCAGCCAAACUCUCUGCUGAAUUCUUUGCCUUCUUUGGCUCAUAUCAAGGGAACGAGUAGUGGAUACACAAAUUCAAACCAAUAUACGCCGCAUGGAAAUAUUGUCUCUUCCCAAAUUGGUCCUGUGUUGAGAGUUGGUAGCGACAAUCCAUCAGUUGUUCGUGAAGGAAGGGUCUCUACUAGCAGUCCUCUUGCAACUUCUGGAAUAAUGCAUGGAUCUCCAUUGUCUGAUGAUUCAUCUCAGCAUUCUGAUUCUGGAAUAUUGAAUGAUGUUAUUAGCAAUGGAGUUGUUAGCCAUGCCAGGCCUAAACCUCUAGACAAUGGGACGUAUUCACAAUGCGUCUUUGCUAUGUGUAGUCUUGCCAAUGAUCCAUCUCCACGCAUUGCAAGCCUUGGUCGGCGUGUCCUGUCAAUCAUUGGGAUUGAGCAAGUGGUGGCAAAACCUGUAAAGUCUAUGUCUAAUAGUGUACGACCUGGUGAACCUGCAGUGAAAUCUACAACCCCCAGUCUUGCUGGACUAGCACGUUCAUCUUCAUGGUUUGACAUGAAUGCAGGUCAUUUGCCCAUGACAUUUAGAACUCCUCCUGUUAGCCCUCCUCGACCUAGUUACUUGACAGGAUUGCGAAGAGUUUGUUCUUUGGAGUUCAGGCCGCACCAUUUAAAUUCUCCAGACUCAGGAUUAGCUGAUCCACUUUUAGGAGCUGGGGGAUCUGGGAUCUCAGAGCGCAGUUUUCUUCCACAGUCGACCAUCUACAAUUGGAGCUGUGGCCACUUCUCAAAACCACUUCUCAAUGCAGCAGAUGACAGUGAAGAAGUAUUAGGUAGAAGAGAAGAGAGGGAAAAAUUGGCAUUGGAUCUCAUAGCAAAGUGCCAGCACACCUCUGUUAGCAAGCUUAAUAAUCAAAUUGCUAGCUGGGAUACAAAAUUUGAAAUGGGUACGAAAACAGCUCUGCUUCAACCUUUCUCUCCUAUAGUGAUUGCUGCAGAUGAGAAUGAAAGAAUAAGGAUAUGGAAUUAUAAGGAAGCUACCCCUCUCAACAAUUUCGACAAUCACAAUUUUCCCGACAAAGGAAUUUCUAAGCUCUGCCUUAUGAAUGAACUUGAUGACAGCUUGCUUCUUGUUGCCUCAUGUGAUGGAAAUAUUCGCAUUUGGAAAGAUUACACAAUAAGGGGUAGGCAAAAACUCGUGACUGCAUUCUCUUCUAUCCAAGGUCAUAGACCUGGUGUGCGAAGUGUAAAGGCGGUUGUUGAUUGGCAACAGCAGUCCGGAUAUCUGUAUGCUUCUGGUGAGAUAUCAUCCAUCAUGCUUUGGGAUCUUGAUAAGGAACAGCUUGUUAAUUCUAUUCCUUCGUCAUCAGAUUGUGGGAUCUCAGCGUUGUCUGCUUCUCAAGUUAAUGGGGGUCAACUUGCAGCUGGUUUUGCGGAUGGUUCUGUUCGACUGUUUGACAUUAGAACACCUGAUAUGUUGGUUUAUGCAAUGCGGCCGCACACUCAAAGGGUGGAAAGAGUUGUGGGAAUUGGUUUUCAACCUGGGCUUGAUCCAGUUAAGCUUGUUAGUGCAUCUCAGGCUGGUGAUAUUCAGUUCCUUGAUAUCAGAAAUCACAGGGAAGCCUACCUCACGAUUGAUGCGCACAGGGGCUCGCUCGCAGCAUUAGCAAUUCACCGACAUGCCCCCAUUAUUGCUAGUGGCUCUGCAAAGCAGCUCAUCAAAGUCUUUAGCCUGGAUGGUGAUCAACUAGGCACCAUCCGAUAUUACCCCACCUUUAUGGCCCAGAAGAUUGGGUCUGUAAGCUGCCUCACCUUCCAUCCCUAUCAAGUAUUGCUUGCUGCUGGUGCUGCAGACGCCUGUGUCUCUAUCUAUGCUGAUGAUAACACUCAAGCAAGAUGAAUGCAAAUUCUUUCAUACUUGAAGAAAGUUUAUGGGGCAGCAGCACAAGUGCAUAAAUUUGCACUGCUGCGACUUCUUUGGAUGCAGUUGAAAUCAUCUGAAAUGACACAUUCUGCUGCCUGGUUCCUCCCUGGUCAAUUGGAUCUGGAAACUCUGCUCGGCACACUGUUUAAUUCUGUGCUAUAUAUUCGUUAGCCUCCAGUGUAAGAGGGUUCACACGUUGAAAGAAAUCAUGCAUUAUAUUCCUGGGAGGCUUUGGCAAAUAAUCUGGUAUAUAGGUAAAGGGUGUAAAUAUUUUGUUAUUUCCUCCCGUGUGUUUCUUUCUGUUUUCUUUUUCUUUUAUUCCCUUGUUCAAUUUGUAAAAGUAAUUUAAGUGUUGUUGGAAAGCUGAUAAUAUAUUAAUAUAUAUGGCUGUUUAUCCCCAGGGAAAAGGGGCCUUGAGAAA